CAUCUCUUCCGUGGUGGGACACUAUUGUGAGAACCAUUGCAGUAGAUACCACGUUUACAUAUUAACUGGACAUUGGGCCAAAGUAUUCUCUGUCCACUUGUACACUGUCCGUGAGGCGUUCCUUGAUAGAAAAUGAAGCUCAUCCUAGCCUUCACCUUGCUGGCUGUCUGUGCAGUGCACGCUGCCCCGCUGCAGGCCAGGAUCCUCUUCUUCGACGACUUCAACAACCUGAUCCACGACGUGGUGAACACACUGGGGAACGGCAUCGACCAAGCUGUGCAGACGGUAGGAGCCGUGGUCAGCAACGUUGGCAACGUCCUUGGAGUUGGAGACGUGACCAACGCCCUGACCGGAAUCGUGAACAACGUGGUGGACAAGACCACGGACGCCGUGGGCGGCGCCGUCAACCAGAUCGUGGAUGCAGUGAAGAGCACCGCUGAUGGAGCCACACUCGGCAUUGGCAGCAAACUGAUGUCCAUGGCUAACUUAGGCUAACAGAAAAUUUGUUCAUGGUAUCGGUAGAAACUUUGUCAGAUACCAGUCGAUGAUGUUAGAGGGUAGAGAUUUACACAAGAUUUUGUUGAGAAAGUUAACAAAAGGUAAAUAAAACAAUUCCAUUACA